UACGGUACUGCUAACGGAUCAGCUGAUUGUGAGAUGUUUUAUUCUACCUUCUAAAUCGUAUUUUAUUUUGUGCAAAAUUAGAUUGUUUAUAAUGUAAAAAAAUAUCAGUUGACAUUUUUAUACAUCAACUUUUACUUUUAUUUCGAUAUCUAGAAUUAAUUUUCUAAAGAUAUUUGAUCAUGGAGAAUAAUGAUCAAAAGCAAGUUUCUAAUAAUAAAAAAUUAAAUGAUAUACAUGUGAAUGAAAAUAUGGAUGACAAUUUAAUGAAAAAGGUUUUAUCUGUCAGAAGUGAAGAAAGCAUUCUUCAUCAAGUAUCAAAAGAAAUAAAUGAUUUUAUGAAAUCAAAUGUAUAUCCAAGAAGGAAUACAGAAGAAUUAUAUAUUAAUGAAAAUAAUAUUAUAAAUUAUUCAAAACAAAAAGAAUUAGAAAAACAAGUUUUAACUGGAGAAAUUACACCAUUCACAGCAAUUGAACAAUCUAACUUAACAAUAACUAAAGGGAUAUUUAAUAAAUCUUCUUGUUUACUUAAUCUUGAAAAAUAUCUUCAACAACAAGCUGAACUUGCUAAACAAAAAAAGCAAUUGAAAGAAAAUUCAAAAAUAUUUAAACAUAACAUUAAUCAUGUAGUGUCAACUAAAAAACCAAAAUUAUCAAAUACUAGCUUUAAAAAAUGCAGAACUUUAAAAAAAAUAAAAUUCAACAUCAAUAAAAGGAAGUUAAUUUCUGAAUUUAAAAUAACGAAAAAUUUAAAUGAAACCAAUGAUAUUAAUUAUGAAAUAAAAUCUCACAUUGAGAAUUCUAUCAAAGAAACCAAGCAUUCCAAACAUGUAUUAAUUUCUUGCAAAAUAUCUAUAGAUAAUACUAAAGAAAAAUCAAUUAAAAAUACAACAAACAAUAAAUAUAUAGAUGUAAUAAGUGAUUCAGGAAGUGAAUAUGUACCAAGUGAUGAACAAAUUGAAUCAGAUGAAGGAUCAUCAUGUAAAAAAAGGAAAUCUUUUACAAAAUCUGUUCAUACAAAAAGAGUUUUGGAUGAUGGUGAUGAACAGAUAUAUAAACAAAGGAUAGAAAAAAAUGAUUAUUCAAAGAAUGAACCAUUACAUAAAAUAGAUAAUUUGUUUAAGGUUCCGCAAUCUAUAUGGAAAAAAUUAUAUAAAUAUCAGAAAAUCUCUGUACAAUGGUUAUGGGAAUUGCAUCUUCGUAGUUUAGGAGGAUUAUUAGGUGAUGAAAUGGGUUUGGGAAAGACUGUUCAAGUAAUUGCAUUUCUUGCAGGAUUAGAUUGUAGUGAAUUAUUAUCCGAUGGUGGAAGAUUCAGAGGAUUAGGACCAACUAUCGUUAUUUGUCCAGCUACAUUAAUGGAACAAUGGGUAAAACAUUUUCAUGAAUGGUGGCCCCUUCUUAGAAUAGUUGUUUUACAUCAAUCUGGAACUUAUAAUGGUAAUUUGGAAUAUUUGAUAGACUCAUUAAAAUCUGGUGGUAUAAUAAUUACUUCUUAUUCUGGUAUGCUUAAACAUAAAGACUUACUUGUAUCUAAUCAAUGGCAUUAUGUUAUACUUGAUGAAGGCCAUAAAAUAAGAAAUCCACAAGCAAAGGUCAGUAAAGCAGUAAAGGAGUUUUCUACACCACAUCGACUUUUGUUAACUGGUAGUCCUAUGCAAAAUUCCUUAAAAGAACUGUGGUCUCUUUUUGAUUUUAUUCUACCAGGAAAGUUAGGAACUUUACCUGCAUUUCUAGAGCAUUGUGCAGGUCCUAUAACUCGAGGAGGAUAUGCUAAUGCUACACCUCUUCAGGAAGCUACAGCACUUCAGGUUGCUAUGAUGCUUAGAGAUGCUAUUACACCAUAUAUGCUCCGAAGGACAAAAAAUGAUGUACAACAUCAUGUUAGUUUACCAGAAAAAAACGAACAGGUUUUAUUUUGUAGUUUAACAGAAGAACAAAAGAAGCUAUAUAAAAAAUAUUUAUGUUCUACAGAUGUUAGUUUCAUUUUACAUGAAAAAAAUAAUAUAGAAAAUGGAAAAUAUAGAGCUCGUCUUUUAAUAGCAUUAUCAGCGCUCAGAAAAAUAUGUAACCAUCCUGAUUUAUAUCUUUACACAAGUCCAAUUGAUUCUGAUGAAGACAUUGAUAUAUCAAAUGAAACAUUGGAGAAAUUUGGAUAUUGGAAACGUUCUGGCAAAAUGAUAGUAGUUCGAUCUCUUCUUAAAAUUUGGAAGAAACAAGGACACAGAGUACUUCUUUUUACUCAAGGAAGACAAAUGAUGCAUGUUUUAGAAUCUUUGGUGCAAAGUGAACAAUACACUUAUUUAAGAAUGGAUGGAACUACUCCUAUGUCACAUCGACAAGAAACAAUUCGUUCAUUUAAUAGAGAUUCAUCAUAUUUUAUUUUCCUAUUAACUACACGUGUUGGGGGUUUAGGAGUAAAUUUAACAGGAGCAAAUCGGGUAGUUAUUUAUGAUCCAGACUGGAAUCCAGCAACUGAUGCUCAAGCAAGAGAACGUGCAUGGAGAAUUGGACAAAAUAAAAAUGUCACUAUCUACAGACUUAUUACUGCUGGUACUAUUGAAGAAAAGAUUUAUCACAGACAAAUAUUUAAAAUACUUCUUUCAAAUAAAGUCUUAGAAGAUCCACGACAACGUAGAUUAUUUAAAACUAAUGAUUUAGUUGAACUUUUUAAUUUCAAUGAAUCUACUGAUGAUCAUUCUAGUGAGUCUGAUCAAUUAUUUCAAGAAUCUAGAUUAAUUCCUUCGAUUAAUAAAUUUUCAUCUAAUAAAAUUGAAAAAAUGCAAAAAAUGGCAGCCAAACUUAGCAAAAAUAUAAGUCAAAAUGUCCCAAAGUAUGUACCUGCGACACAAAUAACUGUUUCAAACAAUAAUUGUUCUUCAAGUUGCUAUAAUAAUAAUAUUGAUCAAAAUAUUAAAAUAUGUAAAAAUAAUUUAACAAAACAAAUCAUCAAAAAUGAAAAUAUACUUUUUUCUGAAAAUCAAAAAAAUGAUAAUAAUAAAAUUAUAGAGAAUAAAAUUGCAAAAAAUAUUGAACACAAUACAAAUAACACGAUUAAUAAACUAGAAAAUAAAAAUUAUAUUUUAACAAACAAGUCAAAUUCUAAUAUUAAAAAAAAUGAAACUAUUGUACAAAGUGAUUCCAAUAUAACCAAAGUUUCAUAUAAAAAUAAUCAAAUGAUUUUAUCCAAUGUAAAUAAAAAUGCAUCUUUAAAAUUAAAUAAGACGCAUAAAAAAAAAAAUAAGAAAAGUUCAAUAUCAGAAAAUCAUACUGCUUCAGCUUUAUUUGAAGGAGAACGUAUCUCACAUUUAAUUGGACGACGUCUUGGAUGUUCGCUAACAAAAGAAUCUAAGUCAAUUGAAGAUGAUCAAUAUGUUUUAGAAAAGUUAUUUGCUAAAGCGAAUAUAACAUCUGCUUUUCAACACGAAACAGUAUUAUCAAAUUCAAAAUAUAAUUCAGAUGAUAAAAAUCCGAUGCAACGAUUAGCGCGUGAAACAGCGCAAGAAAAUAUGGAUAAUAUUCGUAAAUCUCGGAAAUGGUGUUGGAAACCCACAUGGAAUUCUACAUUAUUAAAAAAUAAUUAAUUUUUUGUUGUAG